UUGAUAUAUUAUCAAACCGAACUACUUGUUGAUGUUGAUGUUGUUGUUUUAUAUAUACAAACCCACGCGUCAAAACUCUACACGUCACCAGGUCCACCGGCGAUCUAUGUAAUUUGCGCCAACCAGCUACAUAGCCUAUUAAGGACAUGCGUCAGCUCAAAGGGAAGGUCAAAGAGACGAGGAAACAGAAGAAGGAGCGCAAGCUGGACAACUUAGAGAUCCAUGCCAAAAUACGGACAGUGGUGUUGCCCGCCGUUGGAGCCCUGGCGGUGUUUCUGGUGCUAUUCGUCUAUCUAAAGACCCGGCCGGCUGUCCUGGCCUAAAGAACGAAAUCUUAUACUGGAUCGUCCAAAGGAAGUGCAAUUCUAUCGAUGUAAACGGGGUCCACGUUUAUACAUACAUACUUAUAUGUACAUUGUAGCUGUCAUUUUAAAAUUAAAUGUUAUUUUGCCAACUUA